AUGUUGUCGCAAAUGAUCAAGCCUUCCACCAUGCGGUCCGCAGGGUUCCUGGGACGAAUGACACAGAACCGUGUACAGGCACGCUGCCUCGCUACUGUGGAAGGAAACACACAACGUGCCAUUCCUACUCCCAGCAUGCGCAGGGCUACAGCUGUCUCCAACGAGCCCGCGACCUUCACCAUCAAGAACGGCCCCAUCUUCGAAGGCAAGUCUUUCGGAGCCAAGACGAACAUUUCCGGUGAAGCCGUCUUCACGACCUCUCUCGUCGGCUACCCCGAGUCCAUGACCGACCCCUCCUACCGUGGCCAGAUCCUCGUCUUCACACAACCGCUGAUCGGCAACUACGGCGUCCCCUCCAACGCCCGCGACGAGCACGGCUUGCUCCGAUACUUCGAAUCACCACACAUCCAAGCCUCUGGCAUUGUCGUCCAAGACUAUGCUCUAAAGCACAGCCACUGGACUGCUGUAGAGUCACUCGCACAAUGGUGUGCUCGAGAGGGUGUCCCCGCCAUCUCCGGCGUUGACACUCGUGAGGUUGUAACAUACCUCCGUGAGCAGGGUUCUUCUCUUGCUCGCAUCUCGAUCGGUGAGGAGUACGAUGCUGAUGAGGAUGAGGCAUACAUCGACCCUGAGGCUAUCAACCUCGUGCGUCGUGUAUCGACUAAGGCUCCCUUCCACGUCAGCUCUUCCCUGGGCGACAUGCACGUAGCUCUGAUCGACUGUGGUGUCAAGGAGAACAUCCUCCGCAGUCUCGUCUCUCGCGGUGCUAGCGUUACCUGCUUCCCCUUCGACUACCCCAUCCACAAGGUCGCCCACCACUUCGACGGUGUCUUCAUCUCCAACGGCCCUGGUGACCCAACUCACUGCACCACCACCGUCCACAACCUGCGCAAACUGUUCGAGACCUCCCAGAUCCCCGUCAUGGGCAUCUGCAUGGGUCACCAGCUCAUCGCCCUUGCUGCCGGUGCAAAGACCAUCAAGCUCAAGUACGGUAACCGUGCUCACAACAUCCCGGCUCUCGACCUCACCACCGGCAAGUGCCACAUCACUUCGCAGAACCACGGAUACGCGGUCGACCCAACCACCCUGUCCAGCGAAUGGAGGGAGUACUUCACCAACCUCAACGACCAGUCCAACGAGGGUCUGAUCCACAACUCGCGUCCCAUCUUCAGUGCCCAGUUCCAUCCCGAAGCCAAGGGCGGCCCUCUUGACUCUGCCUACCUCUUCGACAAGUACAUGGAGAACGUGGCACAGUACAAGAACAACCAGUUCUCUGACAAGAGCAACAAGCCCAGCGCUCUUCUUGUAGACUUGCUGAGCAAGGAGCGCGUUGGUUGCCACCCUGAUGCGCCAGACUUUGAGGGUCACGCAGCGGGUAUGGAAAACCAGGACAUUACGGUGGGCGGGCCCGUCGCUCCUUCCUACCAGCCUAUUAUGCAGAAGCCCGUUGCUUCCGCUGCUUAG